UUUGAUUACUUAAAAUGGAAUCAAAAUGUUCUAUUUUGGACUUGCCGUUGGAUGUUAUGGUAAUGAUUUACAAGGAAAUCGAAGACGAGAAGGAUAAAAUGAACUUGGUAAAGGCUCACAAGAGUUUUGGAUUUGCCUUUGCCAUGGACGCUGGAAACAAAUACGAGAAAAUCAUGUUCGAUGAACGGCCGAUGCAGGAGUGGAAACUCAUAUUGCCGCUGUGUGGCAAGACCGUUACGCAAAUCGUAACCAGAAAAGUGAAGACAUCCGUGAAAGUGACCAAGCUGGCUGCCAUGUUUUGUCCGAAUUUGGAGGAGUAUUACCUGCCCGUACGCAGUCACUUUUGGAACCACGUGUCUCCUUUGCUAGCGACCUUGGAGAAUCUCAAGUGGAUCGGACUAAGCAACAACUACGAACGGCUCAAGGUGGUGAAAACUUUGCGAUUGCUUCCCAAUCUUAUAUACUUGGAUUUAAUAAAGUUUCCCCUCAGAGAUAUGUUGGCCGUCAAGAUGCUUGAAAAUUUAGAAUACAUUAGGAUAGUAAACUAUCGUAACGAGUUUGUCAAUCUCUACCAAAUGUGUUCGGGUAUGAAAAAUCUACAUAGUUUAAGUGUAUCGUACGUAAAAAUACGUUUCCCCAGGGAUACCUACGAAGUGCUAACCAAUGACGGGGUAUGUGUCUUAUUAAGCGAAUGUGUAAAGAUUCGGAAGCUGAAUCUGUACGCUUGCCCCUCUAUAAACCGAUUACUGAUUGGAUUACUGAUCAGGUUGGGUCACGAUGUUGAGCCCGAUAACCCUUUAUUCCUUCGAUUUAGUCGAGGAUUCUUAGCGGGAACUUGCGAGCAGUCCUACGUGGUCUCCAAUGAAAAGCUGGAGCCCUUCGAAGGCGAUUCGGAGACCCUGGUUAUCUUUGAUAGCCUGAAAACUGUGGGUCGUGAACGAGCUCUGAAUGGAUCCUUUAAAUUCCUGGGUGAAAUGAACAACGACGACUUCAAGGUAUCUGUGGAACUCUACUCGAGUCCCAACGGCGAUGGCGACUUUAAGCGAAUGGUUAUGGAUGUUCCCCAGACGAGUAUUUGCGAGUGUUUCAAGAAGUUCUACGUCCAGUUCGUGCAACCAUCCUUGAAGCAAGGAGAAACCACAAACUUCCCCAUAGUCGACGAGGAUACCUGCCCCAUACCUGAGGGUGAUUACUACAUCAAGAAUGUCCUUUUCAACACCGAGGACUGGCCCCAGCAAGUGCCGCGAGGAAUCGUGAAGGCAAUUAUCACAUUCUUCAACGGUGGAAAGAAUGUUGGAGGACUAAUAGUAGUGGUUAAGAUUGAAGAUCGGCAGAGUUAGGAAGGAUCCUCAAAGCAGGAUAUAUAGUAUAGUGAGCAUUAUUAAUCCUUGUUGUUAUUUUAAGUCUUUGAAAGCGAAAUACUUGUUGUAAGUGAAAUAUUUUAAAAGAAUUAUUUUUGUAUUAUUACCAUAUUCAA